UCUGUUUGCAGUGAAAGCUGCAUCCCAGGCUUUAGAAAGGCAACACAAGGAAAACAUGUCCCCUGCUGUUAUGACUGCCUUCCAUGUGAAGAAGGCAAAAUCAGUAACCAGAGUGAUUCUGCAAACUGCCUCACCUGCUCGUUAGAAGAAUGGCCAAAUGAAAGGAAGGACAAGUGUAUUCCGAGGUCCAUGGUGUUCCUUUCCUAUGAAGAGCCUCUAGGAGCUGCACUGGUCGUUAUCACAAUGUUUGGGUCUCUGCAAGCAGCUGGUGUUCUUAUUAUCUUUAUCAGGUUCAGAAAAACACCUCUUGUCAAAGCCAACAACCAGAACCUCAGCUUCCUGCUACUGGUGUCACUUCUGUUCUGCUUCCUGUGUUCAUUGUUUUUUAUUGGCCACCCUAACAAAGUGACCUGCAGAUUGCGACAGGCUGUGUUUGGCAUAACGUUUGCUCUUUCCUUGUCUUGUGUGUUGGCCAAGACCAUUAUUGUAGUUAUUGCAUUUAGUGCAACAAAGCCUAAUACCCACAGGAAACGAUGGAUGGGUCCCCAGCUCACUUACAUGACAGUAACACUAUGUACACUUGUACAGGUUAUCAUCUGCACAGCAUGGAUUACAGUUUCUUCUCCACACCCAGAAAACAACUAUAAUUUACAGCCAGGACAGAUAGUAAUUGAAUGUAACGAAGGGUCCACUGUGGCAUUUUGGUGCAUGCUGGGAUACAUGGGGCUGCUGGGUAAUAUAUGUUUUGUAGUAGCAUUCCUGGCUAGAAAUCUGCCAGAUAUCUUUAAUGAAGCCAAAUACAUUACUUUUAGCAUGGUUAUAUUUGUCUCUGUGUGGUUUGCCUUCAUCCCAGCCUACCUCAGCACAAAAGGUAAAUACAUGGUAGCUGUAGAGAUAUUUGCUAUUAUCAUGUCUUCUCUAGGUUUACUUGUGUGCAUAUUUUUUCCAAAGGGCUAUAUAAUUAUAUUGACGCCUGAUAUUAAUACAAAAUAUUAUUUAUGCAACAAUGAGCAAAUACUGAAAAGAAGAUAGUAAACAGCAAAGAAUUAAGAGAUUAUAAGAUAUUUUGCAAAGAAGCAAAUCUGUAUUAUAUGAGUAAAUUCAAUUGUGUUGCUCAUCUUUUCCUGGUUAUUCAUUUUCUGAAGGUUUCGCCAAUUCAGUUUACAUAUUGUCCAGUAGUUAUACAUUCUGAAUAUAGUUCCAGAACAGAAUAAAAUAAACUUUUUAAACUUCA